ACUGUUCUGAUGGGUACAUGUGCAAAACACAUAUUCAAAUUAAAAAUGGGACCGUGGUGUCACAUCAAGGAACAUCCGCCUGUGUACAGACAUGUCUUCUCACUGAGGAGGCUUUAGAACUACCCCCUGAUGAUUUUGAAGUGACUCAAACUACAGCGGAGUCUGAAGUGAUUAAAUAUGAGUUUCAUGUCUUAUAUUCUUGCAGUUACCAAGUGCCUGUGCUUUACUUCAGAGCAAGCUUUUUAGAUGGAAGACCUUUAACUCUGAAAGACAUAUGGGAAGGAGUCCAUGAGUGCUACAGGACACGGCUUCUGCAGGGACCAUGGGAGACUAUUACCCAACAGGAACAUCCAAUACUUGGGCAACCCUUUUUUGUACUUCAUCCCUGCAAGACAAAUGAAUUCAUGUCUCCUAUAUUAAAGGAUUCUCGAAAAACCAAUAGGAACGUCAACUACAUCACUUCAUGGCUGAGCAUUGUAGGGCCAGUUGUUGGGCUGAAUCUACCUCUGAGUUACGCCACAGCAACCUCCCAGGAUGAGUGAAAUGCUAUUUAAUUGAUGAGAGUGGUUACUUUUGCCUGGUGUGUAGAUGUUUGAGAUGCCUUUCCAACUGGACUUGGAAGGAUGAGCAGGAGUUUCGCAGAAAUAUCCUUAAGGAUCAAUUUGAUCAUCAGGCCAAGGAGAGUGGACAUGUGGAUUGUGCUUGGGUGUUAAGAUAUAUUUUAUCAUGCUAGUAUCCCCAGAGUGCUUAAAAUUAUAGAUUCUAAAGUCCUCCUCAGGCCCUCUGAACUAGAAUUUUGAGAAUCUACAUUCUCAGAGAACUCUCUAGAUGAGUGUUACAUAAGCUGAAGCCUGAGAACCACCAACGGGACCUAAAGAAGGCUUUCAAGGAGAGGAACAACCAGGUCAGAGGAGCUUAGAAACUAAGUCUUAAGUUUCCUCAUCUCUAAAAAAGGGAUGCCAAUAAGCGUGCCCAUUUCACAAGGUUGUUGAGAAAUGAAAGUAUUAAGGACUCCUGUAUGUACAUCACAAAUUUUAUCACAUCCUCAGUUGUAUAACCUAAGAACUCCAGCAACCUUCAGGCCUAAAGAAUUCGGCUUUAUCCUGGCCCAGUUGCUUAUGGUUUUUAUCUCUUCCUAAAACCUUCUUCCACAAUUAAGUAAAAUUACAUUCUAUGAACCCUUAAGCUAAAAUAUUCCUCCCCCAAUUAUUUACUUAAAAAACUUUACUUCAAAUUUUCCAAAAUUUAUACUUUAUAUUCACCAAGCAACAACUGCUCCUCCCCUGUCUUCUCUCAACCUCUAAUAUACUUUCUAUCUCUAAAAAUUUGCUAUUUCUAGAUAUUUCAUAUAAGUGAAAUCAUAACAUAUUUGUCCUUUUUUACCUUGCUUCACUCAGACAUUUCAUAAACAACAAACCACAGACAACUUCUCUCUACUGUUCUCAGCUGUGAUUAAAAUGAAAAAUUAUGGGUCACUAAAUCUGCCCACUAUUGUACAGAUUUAAAUAUUAAAUAUCAGCUGACUUCUUGGGUUAGGAAUCGUUUUGAAAAUAUGAAAAGGUAUAGAACUAAUUUCCAGAAAAAUGCAUGAGUGUGAGAAUGGAUGAAUGGAUGGAUGGAUGGAUGGAUGGAUGGAUGG